UUUCACUUCCUAAUCUGUGAGAGAGAAAUUCCCCCGGGUCAUCUGACCUCUGUUGAAACUAAACCAGGAAGAGGAGCAGCAGCAGUCAGCGAGUGCAGGGUGUUCUCCAGCUGUACAAAAGCCUCUCCUGCGUGAGCCAGAGCUCAGAGCAGCACAGGGAUGUGCAUGUGUGCGUAUACAUAGCAAGGCGAGGUGCAAAUAUCCUCCCAGCCAGAUCAUCUCUUGCACAACUCUCCAAUCCUGUGCAGCCUGGCAGACCUUUUCUUUUUCCUUCUGCUGCUCGUCUCCAAACAUGCCUCUAGAGCAGAGCUUCUGAAGAGCUGCUUCCCCCUCUGCAUCUCCCUGAAAGCAGCUCUCUCCAAGAAGAGGCAGUGACCAGCAGCAUGGUGGGAAUGAUGGCAAUGAAGACAUGGAUUGAACCGGUGGUUGCAAGCUCGCAAGUGGCCAGUGCCUUCUACGACACAGCUCUGCUGCUGGUGGUGAAAAACUACUACAACCAGACCAAUGGCACUGCUCCUUCCCAUGCACUAGAAGAUGCUCAGCAGAAGGCUGUCUCCAAUUUUUACAUCAUCUACAACCUUGUUCUGGGCCUGAGCCCGCUAGUAUCAGCCUACGGCUUGUCCAAGCUGGGGGACAGGAUACAUCGGAAGAUCCCCAUCUGCUUCCCUCUUCUUGGUUACUUGGGCUCCAAAACUCUCCUGCUCCUCCUGAUCCUGCUGGGUUGGCCAAUCGAGGUGAUGUAUGGGGCUGCUGCCCUCAACGGGCUGACGGGAGGCUUCACCACGCUUUGGGCAGGCAUCAUGGCUCUGGGAUCCCUGGGCUCCUCCGAGAGCAGGAGGUCUCUGCGGCUCAUCAUUAUUGAACUGGUGUAUGGCCUCGCUGGGUUUGUGGGAAGCAUGGCAUCUGGCUAUCUCUUUGUUGGCUUCAGUGACCACUAUCGAGAAGGCACUGUGCUGGUGUGCUGCAGCAUCGCUUGCUAUGCUUUCUGCCUCCUCUACAGUAUUUUUAUCCUGACAGUCCCCAAGCCAGGAGCCUCCUGCCCAGCCAAAGCUAAGAGUGCAGAAGAGGUGGGUAGCCAGCUACCAGCCCAUACAGGAGCAGCAACAGCAACAGGGAGUUCCCAACCUUCAGGGUGCAGCAGCUCCUCUCUAAUAUCCCCCUCGAAACUCAUCAUCAUCCUGCUUUUUAUGGCAGCAAUCCUCUAUGACCUUGCCGUAGUUGGUGCAAUGAACAUACUCCCACUGUUCUUGCUCAGGGAGCCUUUAAGUUGGAAUGCUGUGGAGAUCGGCCAUGGCAAUGCUGCUGGGUACGUGAUCUUCAUCACCAGCUUCCUAGGGGUACUUGUAUUCUCCAGAUGCCUCAGGGACAUUACCAUGAUCAUGAUUGGAGUAGUAUCGUUCAGUGCUGGCAUCCUCAUCAUGGCCUUCGUGCAGUGGACGUUCCUGUUCUACAUUGCACGGGCAGUGAUGCUCUUUGCCCUCAUCCCCUUACCAACCAUCAGGUCCAUGUUGUCCAAGCAUGUCGAAGGAUCAUCCUAUGGUAAGGUGUUUGUCCUGCUGCAGCUGUCUUUAGUCAUCACGGGAGUAGUGACAUCUACAGUCUAUAACAAGAUCUAUCAAAACACACUGAACUGGUACAGCAGCUUCUGCUUCAUUUUGUCUUUUCUAGUUGGCUGCCUGAGUCUUCUCCCUUUAAGCUUUGUGGCCAUCAAACAACGUUCAACCACUGGCUCCCUUCAGAUUCUGACUGAGUGACAGGCAUCUUUUGGUUGUUAUCAACUCUCUAAGCUACCGAAGUGGAAGGUUUGCCAAGCGUUAGUCCCCACAGUUACCAACAUUACCGAAAGCAUAUAAUUUGUAUUUCCAUUUCACAGCAUGCCCCGGCCUCUCAGUCACUAAGCU